UGUCGGGGUCAUUUCAGUCCAGCGCAGAGCAGUCUCAGAUCAGUCUGGAUACCUGAGAGUGUGACCAGAAUGGCGGGACGUCUUCUUCUUCGAGCCUGUACACAAACAACAUUAAGGCUGAGGAGCAAUGUGGUGGCUAGACCGAUCCACCGUGCCAUGUCCUCAUUGAAAGGAAUACCGACAGAUGAGGAACAGGCCACUGGAUUGGAGCGGCGUGCCCUGCAGGCCCUUAAACAGGGGAAGGAUCCCUACAGUAUGCUGAAGCCCAAGGAGUAUGCUGGUACCAAAGCGGACCCUCACAUUGUGCCAAGCAUUGGAAACCAGAGGAUGGUGGGCUGCGUUUGUGAGGAAGACAACACUGCUAUCGUGUGGUUCUGGCUUCACGAGGGAGACGCCCAGCGCUGUCCUUCCUGUGGUUCCCACUACCAGCUGGUCCACCAUGAACUGCCCCACUGAAACUAAAAUGACAAGCUCUGUACAAACAGGACAACACAGAUGUCCGUAUUUGCCUCCUUUAUGGCCAUAUAUUGCAAUGUGUGCGCAUAAAUUAUCAUUAAAAUGAACUGAACUCAA